UUCAUGAAAAUAUUGAAUUGAAUUUGAAAUGUUUUGAUCAGAAUUAAGUAAAAAAUGACUGAAAUGAAAACCGCCGACGACUAUCAAUUAGCUAUAACUAACAUCGACAAAGAGCUAGUAAAAGUGGAAGCUGAAAUCACAAAAUGGAAAACCAUUCAAAGAAAACUAAACGAAAAGAAAACGUCUUAUAAAAAUGCUAUAACAAAACUGAAAUCGGACUCCUUAGCCAGCCUGGACUGGGAAGGGACUAGUUACGAAUGGUCAGACGAUGUGAAGAGUACGCUCGAGAAUAUAUUCAAGAUAAAAUCUUUCAGGCCCAAGCAGCUGAGUGCUAUUAACUCGACGCUGUCGGGGGAGCACGCCAUCGUGGUGAUGCCCACGGGCGCCGGCAAGAGCCUGUGCUACCAGCUGCCGGCGCUGCUGCGGCCCGGCCUCACCGUCGUCGUCUCACCACUCAUCUCACUCAUGGAGGACCAAAUCAGGUCACUCACACAGAAGAAUAUCCCUGCUAUGCUCAUGUGCAGCACCUCCUCUAAAGAUGAAAAUCAAACAGCAUUGAAAACCCUAACAGAUGAUAAAACAGACAUCAAACUGCUAUAUGUUACACCAGAGAGAUUUGCGAAGAGCAAAAGAUUCAUGUCCAAUUUGCAGAAAUGUCAUGCAGCAGGUAGAUUACAAAGAUUUGCUAUAGACGAAGUACACUGCUGCUCGCAGUGGGGACACGAUUUCAGACCAGACUACAAAUUUCUUGGAAUAUUGUCAAAUAUGUUCCCCAAAGUACCUAUCCUUGGGUUGACCGGCACGGCCACAUCUCAUGUUCUCAGUGAUGUCCAAAAAAUACUGAACAUACCUGGUUGCCUGGUACUUAAAACCACUUUUAACAGGCCAAAUUUAUUCUACCAAAUAUUAGAGAAACCGGCUACUCAAGAAGGCUGCCUUGAUGUUUUAGAAAAGCUGCUGAAAUACAGAUACAAGGAUGAAAGUGGUAUAAUUUAUGCUCAUAGUAUAAAAGAUUGUGAAGAUCUAGCCCAGGGUCUGAGGAAGAGGGGCCUGAGAGUGGGCUGCUACCAUGCGAGCCUUGAUGCUGAAACCAGAUCCAAGGUACACCAGAAGUGGCAUGAGAAAAUCUAUCAAGCAAUAGUUGCUACUGUAGCUUUUGGGAUGGGUAUUGAUAAGCCUGAUGUGAGAUUUGUAAUCCACCAUUCUAUUAGCAAAACCAUGGAAAAUUACUAUCAAGAGAGUGGCAGAGCCGGCCGCGAUGGUUUGAGGGCUGAGUGUGUCACCCUCUACAGAAUGCAAGAUUUAUUCAGAGUUAGCACUAUGGUGUUCUCUAAUAAUGGUCACCUUGAGCAAUUAUAUGGCAUGAUAAAAUAUUGCCUCAAUGUCAAGGUGUGUAGGAGACAAGUGGUUGCCGAAUACUUUAAUGAAAACUGGGGCAAUACUGAUUGCAACUACAUGUGUGAUGUAUGUAUACAUCCUAACAAAAUUAUAAGAGAAAUACGUCUGGAAGAACAUAUAAAAAACUUGGCUGUUGUCAUAGAAAAAGCAGAAAAAAAAGAAAUAAAAUUAACAGCUCUGAAGUUGUUGGAUGCUUGGUUUUUAAAAGGCCCUGUAAAUAUACGACAUGAUGGUCCAGAUCCAGGACUGAAAAUUUCCAGAUUAGUAGGAGAAGAUGUUAUAGCAUAUUUACUGAUUAAGGGCUACCUUGUUGAAGACUUUCACUUCACAGCUAUGAGCACAAUAAGUUACAUUAAAUGCGGCCCUAACAUGGAAAUGAUAAAAGACGAAAACUUUUCUUUGAGAAUGCUUGUCAGGAAAAGCAGUGCUUUUAAUUUGGAAGAACCAGCGCCAUGCUUUGUACCAGCAUGUGAAGAAGUUUUUGAAGAAGGAAGAGGUAGAAGUAAACGAAACAUCAAUGAUGUCAAUGAACAACCACCUGAAAAGACAAGUAAAUCUGAAGCUGCUGCUAAGAAACCAAAGAAAGCCAUCAAUGAUGAAAGUAAGCCUGCAGCUAUUGCUAAGAAGCCAAGGCAGGUAACAGAAGAAAAGUGUAAGCCAAAACCAGAGCAAGACACAGAGAAAAGGAAAAAACAUCCUCUGAAUAAACCCCUGGCAUCUGAAGUUGUUAUUGUAGAUGAUGAUAAUGAUGAUUUUUUUUGGUGAUUGGAUGAUAUCUG